GGCACAUUCACUUCAGUAGCCAGAAGAGUUCUUUCCAUUAUUAUUUCUUUUUUUUUUCCAGCACUCUGAGGAAAAUGCCAAGUCUCUCAGAAGAUUCAUCUCUACAGACGGCGUUCAUUCAGGAGCUGAUGGAGUGUGUCACUCAUCCCCAUAAACAUGGCAGAAAGAGACCCGGUGAAGGAGAAGAUCUACGCUAAGACAAUCGAGGACGCUAUUUACUCCUUCACUUCACUACAUCAGUGGCUGUUGUGUUUUUUUUUAUGGAUGGAUGGAUGGAUGGAUUGAGGAAGGGAGGGGGAAGUUUUCAGUGUUGGUGCACAGAGAGGGGUGUGUCUUUAUAAAGGCAGCCGAGCAACAGCGUCCUCUCACAGCUGAACAGGAGCUGAUAACAGGAGACUACUGAGGGUUUAUCAUUUCACACGUCUUCUCAGGACAGGUACACGUCUGCACUCAGCACAGCAACACUUCACUACAAUCGGUGUAUAAUGAUGAAGACACCAUUCUGGACUCUCCUGCUGAUGGGGCUGUUUGUCCCCGGACGUGGUGACUGUCAGAAAGACUGUGUCUCCUGCAGCCAAAUCCUUCCCAAAGACCACAGCUUUGACACACUGGUGUGUUUGGUGGAAUGUCGCAGCAGGGUUGAUAUGGGGCUCACGUGGGAGAGGUGUCAGAGCACCUUGGAGGAGAAACCCCUGACGUCCCUGUCCGUAGGGAACUCCGUGUUGAAAAGAGCCGAGGAGGAAGUGGAAACCGUCCUGCCCGUGGGUCAAUCUGACGGAGGUCUCACGUAUUCUGGAACCCUGCAGCGCUUCGAUCAUGUGGCACGAGCUUUGGGUCUUGACGAACUCAACCAGGAGACCGAAAUCCCCAAGUUUAGUCCAUUGUCCGUUCAGCCUCCGUCUGCACAGGAAGAACCAGACGCUGAAGACUGGGAGCUGAGAAGCGACCGAGACGGAGGACCUACUGUGAACCGCAGCAAACGUUUCGGAGGCUUCCUCAAAAGCAAGUACGGCUACAGAAAGUUCAUGGACCCCGGUCGGUCUUUGCAGAAGAGAUACGGUGGCUUCAUAGGCAUCCGCAAGUCGGCCCGCAAGUGGAACACCCAGAAACGCUUCAGCGAGUUUCUAAAGCAGUACUUGGGCAUGACCACUCGAGCGAGCGAGUUCAACAGCGUGUCUAAUGACAUCACCCGUCAGAACGAGGUGUGAGUAUCACCGCUAGUGCUACGUUUCCCCAGCAAGGCCUUCAUCUCUUUCACCUAAUUAAAAAAAAAAAAAACUGACCUCUUCAACAUGGUAGCAAAUCUCUGAGUCCUUGUGAAGCCAAGUUUUAUUUAUUUUCUAUCCAGAAAUUUUCAAGCAGUUUCCAGACGCUUCAUUUCAUCAGAUGAAACUGGUAUCAAGCUUCAGCGCUA